AUGUCGUCUAGUUCAAGCAGCGACGCGAGUAUAACUGAAUCAAAUAAUGCCACUUUAAAUGAAUCUAGCGACGAAGAAGGAUUUGCAAAGGUUUAUGGCGCUGUUUUCAUGCCAUAUCAGUACGAGCCUUUGGCCUCAGACAAUAGCGAUGAAUCUGAAGGAGCUGAUGAUGAGGGGACUGAUCAGGCCCAGGACGAAGAUAGCAUUAGGCCGUCGCAACUUCGUGAUCGUUUUGAAAGGAAUGUUGCUUUAAAUGAAUGGUGUGCUUGCAACAAAUGCAGUGUUGGAAGACUAGUUAGUGCUAGGGAGUAUCGUUGUUGCCGAGAGGUCCAUGCAGCCUAUGGAAAAGUGGUGUUUGAUGGACUUUCCGACAGUCUAAGCUGCAUUACAGAACACAAAGACUUCAAGGCACUUGUUAACAAAGAAGUGUUAAAAAUUGUUGGUCCACUUUUAAAGCAAAAAAAUGGAAAGCCGUAUAAAAAACAUGCUGGUGUAUCUGAGAAUAAAUAUCUGCGUGCAGUUGCUUACAGAAAUCUGGUGAGGUGGAUCUUUGGAUACCUUGGUUGGGACACAGCAAGACCAUUAACUGCAUGUAUAUACAAUUUUAUCAGGGAAAAAUAUAACACCAACAAUUCGAAAACUGGCUACAAAGAUUCUGCCCAAAGAGAAUAA